GAAUUUCUUUGCCACGAAGCAACAAAAUCUUAAAUUUCCCUUUUGAAUGUAUAUGUACAUAAUGUCAUCCUGUUUCAUUCGUGGGAGUAGAGUGGGCCGUGCCAAAUCCGCUUGAGAUUAACCAGAUAGUUUCUGCAGCAUAUGCUUAGCUAUUGGGACUUUAAUGGGAUCCUUCAAGGGAUUUGGCCCAUGUCUCCUUUUUUGUGUGUUAUUGCUGGUCCUGAACAUUGGAAUUGCAGAGGGUGGCAGAAUUGAUUGGAAUUCAAUAAUAAAAUUGCCCACAGAAGCUGAUAAAGGCGAGGAAGAUGAUGGGAUAGGUACAAGGUGGGCUGUUCUGGUGGCUGGCUCUUCUGGGUAUUGGAAUUAUAGGCAUCAGGCUGAUGUAUGCCAUGCCUAUCAAGUGCUGAAAAGAGGAGGGUUGAAAGAAGAAAACAUUGUGGUGUUUAUGUAUGAUGACAUAGCAACCAAUAAAGAAAAUCCCAGGCCGGGUACUAUCAUCAAUCAUCCUCAGGGAUCUGAUAUCUAUGCAGGUGUGCCAAAGGACUACACGGGUGGGAAUGUCACCGUGCAAAAUUUUUUUGCUGUUCUUCUUGGGGAUAAAAGUUUGGUAAAAGGUGGAAGUGGAAAGGUUGUCGAGAGUGGUCCCAAUGAUCAUAUUUUCAUUUACUACUCUGAUCAUGGAGGGGCUGGAGUUCUUGGGAUGCCUAUUCCUCCUUAUCUUUAUGCACAUGAUUUUGUGCAAGUCUUGAAAAAGAAACACGAUGCUGGUACCUAUAAAAACAUGGUGAUCUAUAUUGAAGCAUGUGAAAGUGGAAGCAUUUUUGAAGGUCUACUGCCAAAAAACCUGAAUAUAUAUGCUACGACAGCAGCGAGUGCUGAUGAAAAUAGCUGGGGAACAUACUGUCCUGGAAUGGAGCCCUCUCCUCCUUCAGAAUAUGAUACCUGUCUCGGAGAUCUUUAUAGUGUUGCCUGGAUGGAAGACAGUGAGACGAACAACUUAAAGAAGGAAACCUUGAAGCAUCAGUAUAACCUUGUUAAGCUCAGAACCUCUAAGCAUAACACUUAUGUGGCUGGCUCACAUGUUAUGCAAUAUGGUGAUAUCAGCAUCAGCAACGAGCAAUUAUAUCUGUAUAUGGGAUUUGACCCUGCAAAUGGUAAUGCUACUUUAGCCCCUGAGAACAGCUUACCACUAUUUGAAGAUAUGGAGGCAGGAGCUAUAAACCAACGAGAUGCAGAUAUUCUUUACUUCUGGCAAAAGUACAAAAAGUCCAAGGAGGACUCUUAUGAAAAGCUGAAUGCACAGAAAAAAAUUGUAGAAUUCAUGUCUCGUCGUAUGCAUCUCGACAAUAGUGUGAAGCUUGUUGGAAAUCUUUUGUUUGGAUUAGAAAAGGGUCCUGCAGUUUUGAAUUUUGUCAGAAUGCCAGGAGAGCCUCUGGUGGAUGACUGGGACUGUCUUAAGACAAUGGUACGAACUUUUGAAUCACACUGUGGGUCCUUAUCCCAAUAUGGCAUGAAGCACAUGCGCGCUCUAGCAAAUAUAUGCAAUGAAAAGAUUAGCGUGGAUGCUAUGGCUAGAGUUUCGUCUGAAGCAUGCACUCAAGUUCCAUCGGAAUACCUCAGUUUACUCCAAAGAGGCUUCAGUGCUUGAUAGUUCAAGGCUUCUUUGGUUGGCAGAACAUUAAGUUUCCAGGACAUGUCAUUUAGUGGAAUUUCUGUACAUACAAAGAUGUUUAUGCCUGACAUCUUUUUUGCUAUAGCUAAAAAGCAAAGGCACUUAGACAGUGCUAAACAUCUUAAUCACAGUCUAAUGGUACCUGUACAUGCUGGAAAAGGGGUUUAUCUUAUAUUUGAUGUGUGAACUUUUUCAUUA